CCAGGUCAUAGUGGAGUGGGAGGAGACUGAACUGCUCUUGUUUUUUUCUGCCAAACACCCUCCUCCUCAAUGUAAUAGCCUAUUUUUUUUCUCAUUGACAUCUGCUUGUUCACCCUGAGGACAGUUUUUUUUUCAUCACUUAUUUGCUCUAAAAUAAUCAAGAGACUUAAUUAACUAAUGAGAGCACAGGCACGCGGGAGAUACUGAUUCUCUCCAGGUGAAGGGAAACACACAUUCAGGACUUUUGAUAUUUAUGUUACCUUGACAGCAACCAGAAAUCUUGGCUGCCUGUCCCAUUUUCCUCUGCGGUGGUUCGGUAACCAAGCGAUGGCCAUGGUGAGUGGGGGCUGGGGAGAUCCCAAUGGGGGCACCAACGGUUUAGGGGACAAGAGCUACCUGAGGGGGGAGGAGGAGGACGGCUCUCCCCAGGCGGGGGGCAGCGACAUGGAAGCCGGAGACGAAGACAAGGCGUGCGUGGUGGACUGCGUGGUGUGCGGGGACAAGUCCAGCGGGAAACAUUACGGCGUGUUCACCUGCGAGGGCUGCAAGAGCUUCUUCAAGAGGAGCGUCAGACGCAACCUCAGCUACACUUGCAGGUCUAACAGAGAGUGUCAGAUUGACCAGCACCACAGGAACCAGUGCCAGUACUGUCGCCUGAAGAAGUGCUUCCGUGUUGGCAUGCGCAAAGAAGCAGUUCAACGCGGUCGGAUCCCACCUCAGCCGAGCCUCAGCCCCUCCAUCACGCCCAUAGGUGGCGCCAGCGGCCUUGGAGGUGGUGAAUUUUAUAACAACAACAAUGGAGGAAGUGGUGGAGGUCAGCCGGUGUCAGAGCUAAUUUCUCAGCUGCUGCGAGCAGAGCCUUACCCCAGCAGUCGGUAUGGGCACCAGUACAACCAACAGGCUGGUCCAGAUAAUGCCAUGGGCAUUGAUAAUAUCUGUGAACUGGCAGCCCGGCUUCUCUUCAGUACUGUGGAGUGGGCCAGAAACAUCCCUUAUUUCCCUGAGCUGCCUGUUUCAGACCAGGUUGCCCUGCUGAGGCUGAGCUGGAGUGAGCUGUUCAUCCUCAAUGCGGCCCAGUCGGCUCUGCCGCUCCACAUGGCUCCCUUGCUGGCCGCGGCCGGCUUCCACUCAUCGCCCAUGUCUGCCGAGCGAGUGGUUUCCUUCAUGGACCAGGUGAGGGUGUUCCAGGACCAGGUGGACAAGCUGACCAGGCUGCAGGUGGACUCGGCUGAGUACAGCUGUCUCAAGGCCAUCGCACUGUUCUCACCAGACGCCUGUGGUCUAACAGACCCAGUCCACGUGGAGUCUCUGCAGGAGAAGGCUCAGGUGGCUCUGACAGAGUACGAGAGGAUGCAGUAUCCAAGUCAGCCUCAGCGCUUCGGCCGCCUGCUCCUGCGCCUCCCUGCCUUGCGCGCUGUUCCCGCCAACCUCAUCUCUCAGCUCUUUUUCAUGCGCCUGGUAGGAAAGACACCCAUCGAGACGCUGAUCCGUGACAUGCAGCUCUCCGGAAGCUCAAUCAGCUGGCCGUAUGUCCCAGGACAGUAGCCCCCACCCCCCCGACGGAUGAGGUCUCCGUCUGGGAUUAGUGACGACAAGGACCCACAGGAAACCUCCUGACUCAUCACUAUCCAUCUGUGUGGUUAUCAAACUGCAGUGCCAGCUGGCCGUCAUACGUACUGUAC